AUGCCACGCUCCGCAACGCCAACGCUCGACGAUACCAGAAACAGCUACCGCGAACGGGUUGCGCUGUGCACGACGACCUACGACCUGUUGCGCCUGGUCCGUGAAGUCGCCGCCGAACACGAUUUCAAGUUCUUCGCGAUUGCCCCGCUGCCGUCGGCGAAGGACGAAAAGCUUGCGCCGCUUGCCGUCUUGACCAACUGGCCCGAGGAGCUUCUGCGGCGUUACGACGAGUUGGAAUUGCUCAAGGACAGCCCGAUUUUCGGUGCGUUGCGGGCAAGCACCAAGCCCGUCGUCUGGUCCAACCGAGCCGGUGCCCGCCAUUCGAUCAAGGGCCAUCCCCGCGAAAUCCAGGACAUGUUCUGUUCGUUCGGCAUGUAUGAGGGCGUGCAUUUCAGCGUCCAGGAACCUGGCGGCAAGCGGGGUGCCGUCGGCUUUUCCGGCGACCGACCGCCGCCGGGCGAGGCCGAAAUGGCCGAGCUGAACUUCGCCGCAAAUUUGAUCUACGAGCGCCUGCUGGAGUUGGACAAGGGUUCCAAACCGCAGAAGACGCAAAAGCUCAGCCAACGCGAAGGCGAGUGCCUGAUGUGGACGGCGUCGGGCAAGACGAGCGCGGAGAUCGCCAUCAUCCUGAAGCUGUCCGAGCACACGGUGAACCAUUAUCUGACGGCCGCAUGCCAGAAACUGGGCGCCACCAAUCGUGCCCAUGCCGUCUACAAGGCCAUGCGCGCGGGUUAUCUGGACUGA